AUGGCUUUGAAAGCAAACAAAAAACCCAAUUCUGACGAACCAGAGCCAGGCCAAUCUAGAACCUUCUCGCCCUUCGACCACCCCGACAAAUAUAUCGGCGAAAGCUGCGCAAAAUUGGAAUUGUUAAAGCGAAAAAAGCCAAAAUCCUCAAAAGGGUACUCAAGUUUGGGAGGAAAAGAGAAACCUUUUUCCGUGCCGGAAAACCCACCGCAAGAAUUAGAAUUGACCCGUGAAAGAGUUCGCGUGCGAGAAUGGAAGAAAGGCCGAAAAGUGCAGAUCCAAGCAGUAGGAGGAGAAGAAGAAGAUUUGGCCAAACAGCACAGAAGAGAAGAGGAACUGUGGUGCGCCGCAGCACAUAUCUCCUUUUUUAAGGUUGUCCAUAUCCUUAUCUGUCUUCUCCGAGGUUGA